CCGAUAGUAUUCACUAUAAGUAAAAGUGUGUCGUCGUGUGUGGACGGUUGUGAAAAAACGCCGAAAAAUGGAACGAAAACUGCACAGUGGAAUACAUCAUCCAACGCUGCGAUUGCUGCAGGAAUCUGGCUGUGAAAUCCUGCCACAUAACCUUAUGUAUCCUGUGUUCAUAGUGAGCAACGACGACGAUGAACAACCCAUUGCCAGCAUGCCCGGAAUUUCGCGAUACGGUGUGAAUCGAUUACGCGAGCAUUUGGAACCGCUGGUUAAGAAGGGAUUAUCCUCCGUGCUGUUGUUUGGCGUAGUGGAAAGCGAACUCAAAGAUGAGCAGGCCACGAAUGCUGACUCCCCGCGUAAUCCUGUGGUGCGUGCAUUGCCCAAGCUACGUGAAUGGUUCCCCGAUCUGCUCAUCGCGUGUGACGUCUGCAUCUGUCCAUAUGCCUCGCAUGGUCACUGUGGCCUGCUUGGAGAUAAUGGGUUGGAGAAUGGACCGAGCAUCAAGCGCAUCGCCGACAUAGCCGUCGCCUAUGGCAAGGCGGGAGCACACAUUGUGGCGCCAUCGGACAUGAUGGACAACCGAGUGAUGGCCAUCAAGCAGGCGUUAAUCGAUGCCAACAUGAACAGCGUCUCGCUGCUGGCAUACUCAGCGAAAUUCGCCUCCAAUUUCUAUGGCCCAUUCCGUGAGGCGGCGCAAUCGGCGCCCGCUUUCGGGGAUCGACGUUGCUAUCAGCUCCCAAGCGGCUCCCGCAACUUGGCCAUGCGCGCCGUGCAGCGUGAUGUGAGCGAAGGGGCCGACAUGCUGAUGGUCAAGCCGGGCAUGCCGUACUUGGACAUCUUGCGCCAGACCAAGGACACGUAUCCCUAUCAUACAUUGUACGUUUAUCAGGUGUCCGGAGAGUACGCGAUGCUCUAUCAUGCUGCCCAGGCGGGAGCUUUUGCUUUGCGCGAUGCGGUGCUAGAGUCGAUGAAGGGAUUCAAGCGUGCGGGCGCCGACUGCAUUAUCACGUACUUCACUCCAUAUCUGCUGGACAUUCUGACAAAGUCCGCAUAAGGCCGAAUUCUCUAUCUCCUCUGUUUCUCUUUGUACUUAUUAAUGUUUAGUUCCUGUCACAAUCUGAAACGCUAAAAAUAGUUCAAUGUAUUGCAUUUAGUGCACAAUGAGUGUGAUGUCGACACUUUUGUAUACCCGGUACCUAAAGCCUACUAGGGUAUUAUGAUUUGCGAAAUUGUAACUGGAAUAACGUAAAAAUAUUUCUAAUUAGUCUGUUCACAGAAUUAUUUUUCUACAACUUGUGAACUAUAAAAGCAAGAGCUUUAUAUUUUUGGUAAAAAUUUUCUCAAUACUUUAUGCAGUCUAAAUUUGUUUUACAUUUUAACAAAGUUAACAAAUUUAGUAAAAAUCGGAUAAUAAAUUUAAAAGCAUUUAUCAAAAAAUAAAAUAAUUUAAUGUUUGGGUAAAAUAUAAUAAUCGCAUAAAGACUUUAAAAAUGAUUAAAGAAUUUAACACUUCCGUAUCAAAAGUAGUUCAAGGCAUAUCAAAUAAUUCCCCGUAUUUUUCUGAUCGCUUUACAUAUUAGUACCUUUGUUUGCAAGAUAACAUAUUUGAUUAAAGUAAAAUAGCUCGCCGGGUAUUUCAAAGUCGACUACAAUCGACAGUAGCUUUCGUACUUGUUUAAUUAUCAUUCAAUAGCAAUGCUUAUCAACUUGCUGGAUUUGGAAGUCUAAUGUUUCACCCCAUCCCCAAUCCCACCGCCUCUUGCGUCAUAAAAAGCUCAACGAUUUCGCAAAUUCGAAUUCCAAUUACAAGUUGCGAUUUCAAUUGCAGAAACGCGCACAAUCACCAUGACAACCGGUUUGGGAAGAGUAUUAUGGAUAAUACAUUUUUGUUUUUAGAGCGAACAAGUCAACAAAUUUACGUUAAUUAAGUGUUUGCAAUUUAAUGAAAUUUACACAUACAAUGUGACAAAUGUGAAAUUGACCCCAAAAAAGUUUUAUUUUUGGGUGCUAGCUUUAUAUCUUACAAUGAUAGUAGAGAGUGUAAUAUUUAAUAAGUCUUGCAAAUCUGAAUCAAUUACUGAACAAAAUAAAGUGCAAUUACAAGUACAAUUAGAAUACUUAGAUUAAGUACAACGAAUGAUGUCUUUCCUUGCUAUGCUUAAAUGCAAAAUGGGAUUUGGACCACAAUAUUAUUAGUACUUUUACACGAAACAGUUGUCGGAGGUGGGAAGCUUAAAUAAAAUAAAUACUACUAAGGAAUAUUUAA